AUGGCUGGACGCGUCCCCAGCUCCCGGUCACGGCCGAGCAAUCAGAGACAUGCUCGUGGGGCCAUGGCUCCUCCGAAAAGAGGGUCCGCUAUCCCCCAUUGGUGCAGGAUAAACAACUCGCAGGCCUCUUCUCCACAAAAGGUAAACAGAGGGCUUCCAGAGCUGGUUGGAACCACCCCCUGUGGUCACACAUCCUUCUCGUCGUCGACGGUCCCCUGCCAACCGGCCAAGGUCGACGUUCAGAGCCCGGAAGCGCUCCGCCCCAUGCCCCGCGUCCCGGUCCCUUUCAGCGUCUUCCCGUCUGCCUACAGGGAGUCCGAGACCGCUACCCAGACCAAAACCCACGAGGAGAUCAAGAUCCAAGUUCCCCCAGCUGGACGGAUAGGUCAAGACUCUUCUUUCACCGCCCAAGCCGCUCUCCCUGCCCCCCCGCCCCCCAAGGUCGUCGAGGAGAACCGCUUCAAAGAGGAGGUCCGCAUCACCCGCAAGGAGGAAGAGCACCGCCGUCCCGUCCCCGUCCCCGUCAUCAAGAAGGAAGAGUACCAUUUCCACGAGGAGAUCCGCAGACCUCAACCACCCCCUCCCGCCUCCAACUACCUCGAGUCUCGCAUCGAACUCGACCACCGCCACCGUCCUCACAGCUCCGUCGUCGACCUUGCUGAGAGUGAAUUCCGCGCCCGCACCCAAGCCAACUACCGCAAGGAACCCACCGUUGUAGCCUCCCCCAGCUACGACACCACCGUCGACCUUCCCACCCGUCGCCCGGUCUUCAAGUCCAGCACUUCCAUCGGUGACAAGUUCACUGUCGAGGCUGCUAUCACCCGUCCCGCCAAGAAGGAAUCUCAUUUCCAAGUCACCGACACCACCGUCGACUUCCCCCGCCCCCCUCGCAUUACCGCCCCUAAGAAGGAGGUAAAGCUCUUGGACGACAAGCCCUACACGCCUUCCACCGUUUCCACCACCACCACCAACAACAUGGGUUACUACGAUGAGGACAACCGCUACCACUCCUUCCGCCAGGAGGUUCACAACAAGCUCCACAACAAGUUGCACAAGUUGGCUGACAAGCUCCACCACCAUCAUGAAGGCCACGUCGAGGCUGAGGUCUCUUCCGUCCGCCGCGGCCCCGCUGCCGCCCCUGCCGUUGAGAAGGCUCCCAACACCGUCACCAUCCCCUGCCACCACAUCCGCCUCGGUGACAUCCUGAUCCUCCAGGGCCGCCCCUGCCAGGUCAUCCGCAUCAGCACCUCUGCUGCCACCGGCCAGCACCGCUACCUCGGUGUUGACCUCUUCACCAAGCAGCUCCAUGAGGAGUCCAGCUUCGUCUCCAACCCCGCCCCCAGCGUCGUUGUCCAGACCAUGCUCGGCCCCGUCUUCAAGCAGUACCGCGUCCUUGACAUGCAGGAUGGCGCCAUCGUCGCCAUGACCGAGACCGGUGAUGUCAAGCAGAACCUCCCCGUCAUUGACCAGUCUUCGCUCUGGAACCGCCUCCAGAAGGCUUUCGAGUCUGGCCGUGGCUCCGUCCGCGUCCUCGUCGUCACUGACCACGGCCGCGAGAUGGCUGUUGACAUGAAGGUCGUCCAUGGCUCCCGCCUCUAAGGGGGUU